UUAAAAAAAUUUAAUAAAAUAAAUUUUCAUUUUUUCUUUCUGUGGUUCCGGUCACAGCAGCUCUGUCAUCAUCUUCUUCUUCAUCAUCUACCAAUCUGAGAAUCUGCUUCCCGCGAAAUCUUGAUCUGUUCACCAUAAGGGUGAUUCUUGAAUCGUCUUGUUUGUGUUUGUAAACUCGUAAAGAUUCGAUCUUUUUUUUUUUAAUUUGUUGUUCUGAGUUUUUGUGUAGAUUCAGUUUUGUCUGAUCUGUACGGAUUAUAUAUCGGGUGUCUGAGAUCUAUUUUGGGAAGGGGGGAGUUUUUGUUUCCUUGUCUUGUUUUUGUUUUAAUUAUAAUCGAAAGGAGCCGACUUUAUCGAGCUCCCAAAUGGCUGCGCCAGAGAGAUCGAACGACCAACAAGUCGACAUGUCUUCUUCUUCCUCCUUCCUCCAAAAGUUCAGGCUCUACGAGACUCGCUCGAACUUUUAUAUGAUUGGAAGAGAUAAAAACCGAACCUGUUGGAGGGUUCUUAAGCUAGACAGGACAGAUCCAACAGAGCUCAACUUCUACCAAGACUCAACGGCUUACACAGAAGCUGAAUGCUUCGAGACUCUGAGAAGGAUACACGAAGGGAACAGAUCUUCUGGUGGUUUGAAAUUUGUCACCACUUGCUACGGGAUCAUCGGAUUCAUAAGGUUCCUGGGACCUUACUACAUGCUGAUAAUCACUAAGAGAAGGAAGCUUGGUGAGAUCUGCGGGCACACAGUUUACGGUGUAGCGAAGAGCAAGAUUAUUACGAUCCCACAUGCCUCUGUGCUAUCCAAUGUGGCUUAUUCUAAGGACGAGAAAAGGUACAAGAGGCUGCUCUGCACUGUGGAUCUCUCAAAGGACUUCUUCUUCAGCUAUUCCUAUCACAUCAUGCAUUCACUCCAGAGCAAUCUUUCAAACAGCGUGGAAGGACACACUUACUAUGAAUCGAUGUUUGUCUGGAAUGAUUACUUAACUCGACGGAUUCGAAAUAACGCCAAGGACUGUAUGUGGACAGUUGCCCUUGUUUAUGGUUUCUUCAAACAGGUUAAGCUAUCAGUUUCUGAGAAGAACUUUAGGUUGACUCUAAUUGCGCGCCGAUCACGGCAUUAUGCUGGCACAAGAUAUCUGAAACGCGGUGUGAACGAGAAAGGCAGGGUAGCUAAUGAUGUGGAGACAGAGCAGAUUGUUUUCGAGGAAGCUCAAGAUGGUAAUCCUGGCCGAAUAAGUUCUGUGGUUCAGAACCGGGGUUCGAUUCCUUUGUUCUGGUCUCAGGAGACCUCACGCUUGAAUAUCAGACCUGAUAUUAUAUUGUCAGCGAAAGACCCUAGCUACGAGGCAACGAGACUGCAUUUUGAAAAUCUCGCAAAGAGAUAUGGGAAUCCAAUCAUCAUAUUGAAUUUGAUAAAGACACGUGAAAAGAGGCCUCGAGAGACUAUUCUGCGUGCAGAGUUUGCAAAUGCUAUUAAAGUUAUAAACAAAGGGUUAAGCAAGGAGGAUCGUCUAAGGCCUCUUCACUGGGAUCUUCAUAAACACUCCAGAAAAAAGGGCACAAACGUGUUGGCGAUUCUCGACAGGUUGGCUACUUACGCUCUGAACUUGACUGGCAUCUUCUACUGUCAGCUAACUUCAGAUGGGUUUCAGAACACCAUGGAGAACAACAUUGGUGAAUGUUCUACUCAUGAUCUUCCCAGUAAAGACGAGACUGCAUCAGACUCAGCGGUGGAGAAUGGUAAGGACAGUAAAGAUGCAAAGGAAGAAGCAACCACCAUGCUUCAGAAAGGAAUCCUGAGGACUAACUGCAUAGACUGUUUAGACCGCACCAACGUUGCUCAGUAUGCCUAUGGUUUGGUAGCAUUCGGGCGUCAACUCCAUGCUUUAAAAUUGACAGAGUCCACUACCAUUGAUCUGGAUAAUCCCCUCGCUGAAGAUUUGAUGGGGAUUUAUGAGACAAUGGGGGAUACGCUUGCGCUUCAGUAUGGAGGAUCCGCAGCACACAACAAGAUAUUUUGUGAAAGGCGUGGUCAGUGGAAAGCGGCGACUCAGUCACAGGAGUUGUUUAGAACUCUGCAGCGUUACUACAGUAACGCUUACAUGGAUGCUGAAAAGCAAGAUGCGAUUAACUUGUUCUUGGGAUACUUUCAGCCACAGCAAGAGAAGCCAGCGCUGUGGGAACUGGGUUCUGAUCAGCAUUACAAUGCGGCGAGGUUUCUUGCCAGUUCUGUACCGGAGAAUUCAAGGUCUAUGAUGAAACGAUCUCUGUCAGAAAGUAGUAUCCUAAGCGAGGGAAGUACAGCUGCUAGACAUGGUUUAGCUGAAAAUGAUGAGGAAGGUAAAGGUCUUUCAGAUUCAGCACCUGAGAUCUCAACGUCUGAAACUGCUAUGAUUGCUGCUAGUUUGAGUGCUCCACCACCGACAUUGGAGGAAAUAGGAUUAGAUGAGAUACUUGAAAACGAUUGCUUCUGCAAUGGUGACCAAUGUACAUGUGCAGCUUUUGAUAUGGAUUGGGUUUCUUCUUCGGCAAACUCUUGUGAGGAUGAGAGCUACGGAAGGUCCACUGCGGUUAGAUCCUUUGAGACCAUCCCUGAAAGUACAAAAAUAGAGUCAGAAAUUCGUGUAGAAUCUUGUUCCGGCAACACAAAGAGAGAUGAGGUAAAUGGGGAGGAAGAAGCCGUUGCCGGGAUCUCUCAAGGCUAUGUGAGGUGGGUGAUGGAUGAAGAGGGACAUUUCUGGUGAGACAAGAUUUUCUACAAGAUAAAAAGAAACAUACUACACACCUUUGAGUGCUGGUGAAGAAAAGAAACGUAUGAGAGAAGAAAAUAACUGAAAAAGAAAAACUAACCGUCGGCUAAUUUAUUAAUCGGAUUCAAAGAAGAAAAAAAGUGAAAAGGUGAGCAAGAAAAAGAAAACAAAAUAAAAAGAAAGGAGAGGGUAAACAAACUUGUACAUAAUUUACUUAGACAUGAUGGUUGAUGAUGAACAUAACUCAGAUCUUGUUGGAUUUAUCCUUUUGACAUUUAAAUUUUUUAUUGGGUUGGGGGGGACUCUUGAUUCCUAAUGCAAUAAAACAGAGAGGAUGUUCAUUA